AUGGGAAGAAAUAAAAUUGACAUUCAAUAUCUAAAAGAUGAUCGUAUAAGGAAUGUAAAUUUAUUAAUUUAUUUACUUAUUCUACUAUUUUUAGAACCUCUAUAUAAUUUAUAUAACUAAUUAAUAUUAUUUUAGAUCACAUUCAAUAAAAGGAAAAAUGGUUUGUUGAAGAAAGCAUGUGAGUUGGCUGUAUUGUGUAACAUCAAAAUGCUGUUGUGUUUUACAGAUCUAAAUGGAACAGUCUAUCAAUUUACAUCGACAGACAAUAUUGAAAUGGAAUUGAUUUCGUCAUUUCAUAAAAAGGAGUUCACCAAAUAGGAUGUACAUUAAAUUCUCAUAUCCAUUCAGUAUCCAGGAUUUCAGAAGAAAAAAGAUGGAGACUCUAUGUCUGAAGUUGAGAGCGAAUAGAGUGUUGAAUAAAAAAGAACGAGGACUUCAAAUAAAUAAUAAGAAAUAUAAUAAUAAUAAAUCAAUCAGUAAUAAACAACUUCUGCACAUUAGUAAAUGAGACUAAGAAAUAAAAUGUUAGAGAAUGUAGAAAAAUUACAAUAAUAAUAAUAAUUUUAACAAGAUUCAAGAAAAAUAGUUAAAAUUGAGAACAAACCUGAAGACUAGGAUAUCUAGAAAUCUAAAAUGAGAGUUAAAAAUAAGAUGAAUAAUAAUGAUGAAAUAUUAGUCAAUGACAUUAUUGAUAAUCAAUAAGCUAGAAACUUUGAUGAUCUCUAUUAAUGUGGCAAUCAAUAUGACGAACAAUCCAAUUCCUAAUAAGAUCAUCAAGAUUAUAAGUAGCAAUUAUCAAUGUUUACUAAUUCUCACCCCAUUAAACUCAUGAAAAUGGACAGUUUACUCAACGGCAUCAAUAAUAGCAAACCAAAUAAUAGUUUUCUAAGUGAACAAUACAAUAAGUUUCUCAGCAAAGAGAGAAUGGAUUCCUUAAACAAUAGUAAAGUAUUGCAACCAAGUGUGUAAUUUAUUGUUCCACCAUAAGUUUAUUUUAAUAUUCCCCCUUCUCCUAUUAGUCAUGCUAUGAACAAAGUCUAUGUAGGGGUAGAUGAGCCAAUCGAGUAUAAUUUAGGGUAAUCAUCAUUUACCGAGGGUUUCAAAAAAUAUACUAAAUGA